AUGAGGCUUUUACAUGUUCUUCUGCUAUUCACCUCUUUGGUAGUGGUUUCUGGAAUUUUAUUUGACAAUGGUGGAAGAUCCCAUGGCUUUGGAUCCUCCUCCUCUGAUUCUUCCGAAGAUUACAGUGGACGACGUGGUGGAGGGCGGCAUAGGCCCCCAAGACCUCCACGGCCUCCACGGCCUUCAAGGCCCGUAUCAACCCCUAAGCCAAGAGGCGACUGGAUAACAAUCAAUGGACCUUUCACAACCACUCUACCUAUUCCUGGAGGAUAUUGGGAUACUGGGAAGAUCAUGCGAAUAUACGGUAUUCCUGGAAGCGGAAGAUGGACCAUCAAUCUGGUCAAAUCAAAAACUUGGGUGUUCCAUUUCGCGUCAGAACCUACCAAGGGACUUGUAGCCAGAACCCGAUUUACGAAUGGAGCGUGGGAAGUCGGAGAGACAUAUGGUGGAAACCCAUUUCGAGCUGGUGCCCAGUUUAAUGUUACUAUGGUCAAUCAGCCAACACAUAUCGAGAUUCAUGUCAAUGGUGUAUACUUUGUAAAUUUCAAACAUCGAGUUCCCAAUCCAUCCAGAGACUAUCAAGGAAUUGAUUUCCAUUUUCGUUUGUUUCUAUCUCGAAAGUUGAGUUUUCACGAUAAUUUGAAUAAAGAAUUGUGUUGCAUUUGA